UUUUCCAUGCCUUGUGAUACCACCUGGUUCCCUGUUCUUCCUUCCCUCUGCAACUCGCCUCACAGACUUUGAUGGACUUCUGGUAAUCCCCACUUCGAAAUUUUUCGUAUUCAUCUGUUUCUUCCUCCCGCCCAAACAUCGCUGGAAAAAGACUUGUUUCCUGCUUCGAGUAUUACACCUGGUUGUGAUUCUCCCGACUCCAUUGACAUUUCCUCACCUCUCUCAGGUGGAGACAGGUCUGCUUCUCUUCUCCUCUUUGAGCUUCAUCUCGAUGGGUUCUUUCAUGCAAACUAGUCGCUUCUUAUCCUCAUUUAGAGAUGUAAACGUUUUUGGCGGGGUCCGCGCCCUUUCCACCAUAUCCAACUAUUUUAAUGACCUUGCGUCCUCCGACUCGUUUGAGUAUUUCCCCGUCAAUCCCGUUUAUGAUCUCUGGUCGAUAUUCUCCAAGAAACCAGUGCAAAGAAACCGCGAGGAGAUGUUGUGUGUAUUGGGGAGGACUCUCACCACUGAGACUGUGGAGUCUGUUUUGAGAGAGCUGAAGUGUGGAUGGAAUUGUGCCUACGAGUUCUUCUUGUGGGCUGAAAAACAAGAUGGGUUUAGGCACAACCGUUAUACCUUCAAUGCCAUGGCUUCAAUUUUGUCUAGAGCUAACCAGAAGAGUCCAUUGAUGGUGCUGGUGAAGAACAUGGUUGGGAGCAGGUGUUCCAUGACGGCUGGAUCAUUGGGCUUCCUGAUAAGGUGUUUGGGUAGCGUAGGAUUGGCUGAUGAAGCGAAUUAUGUGUUCGAUCACGCUGGGAUGAUGCAUUGUGUUCCUAGUAGCUAUACCUAUACUUGUUUGUUGGAGGCCUUGACAAAAUGCAGGCGCUAUGACUCACUGGAGGUCAGGUUGAAGGAGAUGAAUGAUUCUGGUCUGAGAGCUGAUAAGUUUACAUUGACAGCCGUUCUUCAGGCAUACUGCAAUUCCGGGAGAUUGACUGAAGCUAUGGGAAUUCUUGAUAAGAUGUGCGCUAAUGGAUGGGCUGAUGAACAUGCAUUCACGAUCCUGAUUCUUGGAUUUAGCAAAUCUGGGGCCGUUGAUAAGGCUUUUGAAUUGAUAGAAGGAAUGGAGAGAAUGAAUCUGAAUUUGAAUAAGAAGACCUACCAUGUUUUGAUCCAUGGGUUUAAGCAGGAAAAUAGAAUUGACAUGGCUUUGGUGCUACUCGAUAAGAUGAAGGAAGAUGGUAUUGGAAGGGACGUGGGUUUAUACAGUGUGAUUAUUGAGGAUCUCUGUAAGAACAAAGAAUAUUUUAAAGCUUUUAAUCUAUAUAUGGAGAUGAGGGACUCGGGGCUGUUUCCUGAUAAAGCAAUCAUUGGUAAUCUUGUAGCAGCAUCAUGUACAGAGGGAAAGAUGGAAAUUUUGGAGAAGUUGCUCGAAGAAGCAAAAAUUUUGAACAUAGGUAGCUCGAUUUUCAUUUAUAAUGCAGUUCUUGAAGGGUUUGUGGCGUGUGGUGAGGUGGAAAAAGCUCGAUCACUUUUGCAAGUGAUGGUGGCAUCAGCAACAGGUGAGCCUACGGAACACAUUUUGAAGACUCUAAGCAUGGUGUCCUUGAAACUGAAGGGCGAGCUGCCAAAUGUUUCUUCUUUUAGUAUUGUUUUAGGCGGUUUAUGUAAGAGCUCCAACUUGGACUCUGCCUUGGAGCUUUUGAAAGAUAUGCGAAGAAUAGGAUGUAAAGGAAAUCAGCUGAUUUACAAUAAUCUAAUCCAUGAACUAUGCAACUUCGAUAGGUUCGAGGAAGCUCAGCUUGUUGUAAAAAAUAUGAAGGACUCUGGCUUUGAGCCCAACCACUUUACUUACAAUUCCAUAUUUGGUUGUCUUUGUAGAAGAGAGAAUGUGGACGGUGCCAUUGACCUGAUUAAGGAGAUGCAAACUGAGGGAUGUGAACCAUGGAUAAAGCAUUGUACCUUGCUUGUAAAGAAGUUAUGUGUUAGAGGAAAGGUAAUAGAAGCAUGUAAUUUCUUGGAUAGCAUGGUUCAAGCAGGAGUACAACCAGAUAUGAUCGUCUAUUCCACAGUUAUACAUGGACUGUGCAAAAAGGGAGAACUGGACAAUGCUGUAAAGCUCUUCCAUGACAUGUCUAAAAAUGGUUGUAUUCCUGAUAUGGUGUGUCAUAACAUUCUCAUGCAUGGAUUUUGCAAGGCUGGAAGAAUACCUGAGGCUGAAAACCUUUUGAACGAGGUGUUGGAGAAGGGUCUCGUACCCUCAGUGGUUAGUUAUAAUUCAAUAAUUGAUGCAUGGUGCAAGAAUGAGAGGGUUGACCUGGCACUUUUUUGGUUUUCCAAAAUGAAUUCUAAAGCAAGGCCGCCCAACGUGAUUACUUACACGACUUUAGUGCACGGACUGUGCAAUUCUGGAAGAGUGGAGGAUGCCCUAAGGCUGUGGAAUGAGAUGGAAAAGAAAGGUUGUUCUCCAAACAGGAUAGCAUAUACAGCUUUGAUAAGUGGACUAUGCAAGUGCAACAGAGUACAUACUGCACUGCAGUUUUAUCGUGACAUGCAGAUCAAGGGCUUCGAUCCAGACUCCUUUCUCUUUGUAGAACUGGUAAAUGUAUUUGUGGUCGAGGAAGAUUUUGUUGCAGCUUUAAGCAUUUUGAGAGAGAUGAUUGAAAAAGAGAAGUGCCCUACUCCUGAUGAAAAGUCUUACGUAUCACUGUUGAAGUUACUGUGCAAAAUAUGUGAAGAUGAUCUCUCCCUUGUAGAUGUGAAAACUAUUAUUGAACAGGGAUGCAUUCCGUCAGUACAGAGUGUUGAUGAUCUUGGGGUUGUUACGAAAAUGUUGACAAAAAAUUGAUAGGAAAACUGAGAACAGAUUCAUAGGCAUUUUGAAUCGUGAGAGCUUCUGGUUGAUAGAAGAUGCAUCAUUCUCUGGUGAAGUCAACUAGUUGUCUAUGCUUCAAGGAGAGCAUUUCCAGAGUUGUGUUACUGCACAUUUUGCGCCCAUCUCCUAAAGUAACUUCUCUGGGAAUUGCAAGAAAAGGGAAGGUUUUCUAUUCGUAACUACUUUGACUCUUGGAACCGGGUUCUGCUUGAUGGCUUCUUUGGCAGCCUUAUGCUGAUAACGAAGAUUUUGUGGUUUGGAGAGCAUUAAAGGUCGAUUGACUCUCAGAAGAAUUCAAACUGAGAAUUUAUCUUUGGCUACUCAGAAGAUGUGAACAAUUUUGAAGUUCCUUGUAAUAUCUCAUUCAUGUUCUUUAUGCUAGAGAUUUAAUCCUUUAUGGAUGCAGAGUUUCUGCAGCAAAGAGGGAAAUGAAGUAAAAAAGUUUUAUUAAUAUUGCAGAUAUUUGCAGCAGAAACAGAUUAUAGCAGUUGCCUGGUGGUACUGAUGACAGCAGAUCCCAUAGAUAUAAUCCUCCUUUUCUCAUCACUGCUAAAAAAGACAAGCAUCUCCAAAUCCGUCAAGUGGUGCAUUUUCUUGAAAAUUUCUGAUUUUGUUAAGUCAAAACUGAUUAACUGAAAAUUGCAUUUUGCAUUUUACUAGCUUGGCAAUGCCGAUGGAGAUGGAUGGAAACUAAGAGAGGCCAUAUGCAACCCUACUGCAUAGGAAAUUGUCUGUUAGUUAACUUCAAGUGAAUCACUCUCUAGAGCUACCAAAAUCACCUGGGAAACAUAAAUCGCUUGGAAGCAUCGGAAGUGGCUGCAGUGCAAAAAAUAGGGUCCCUUACUACUUUAUUUGGCCUAAGAACAAAACAGGGGUUCGCGAAGUAAGGUCGGUUCCUUACCCUACACAUAACGCUUUUGAACCGGUGGAUGUAUGGAGUCAAUAGAGCAUGGUAAAGUCUAGUAGUGGAGAAACUGUCACCAAUACGAGAGGCAUGGAAUGCGCCGCCAACCAUCUAGAGAGAACUUGUCAAUCAAAUUGAUGGCGAAGGGAAACAGCUUCUCGCCUUUAAUGGACGACCUAGAGGACACUGGUCAGCCCAACACACCGUAAAUCAGACUCCCCACAAUCCGACCUCCCAGAGUUUUCUGGCGGAAACAAGUCGUUGUAAGCAUCGCCGAUUAUACUGGACUAUCCUUUUAUGGGGGAAUCAGAGGAGAACCUCCUGCUUGGUUUUUCCUUUUAAGUCGGUAACUCCAGAAGGUGUCGGUGAGAAAGGGCUUUCUGCCUGUCUACGCAAAGGAGAGUCGCUCUCGAACAAGAAUUGCUCAAGAAAGGGAUAGUGGAAUAGACCCCUGCUGAAGGGACUUGGUAACCUUCUUCAGUGGGAGUCCGAAGACCGGUCUGACGGCAAAAGACAAGGAGCCUGUAGAGCUCCAGACGAUGCAAUUGAGUUUGAGAUGGAUAAACAAGAUAUGGGGCAACAAGAAGCAGCAUGGUUUCCCCCUAUUGUUCAUGUCUUGCCAUCAGCCUCUUCAUGAACAUCCACGGACUUGCUUGCAGAGCAGGCCACAACGAAUGUUUUUCGCUCAUUAUUGAAUAGAGACCAGAAAUUUGGUUUCAGCUUGAUAUGCCACAUGAAGAUAAAGUCCGAAGGUGGAGUGCUUCCUGAAUUACGCAGUUGCUGCCAACGCCUCUUCUUGUGAAGGCAUUGCUGGAAUUGUGGGAGCCUGGGAUCGAUAAAGAAUCUGGAGGCAACUUUUUACUGGUGGCGUGUGUACGCAAAACGAUCCGGUUGUUCGUAGGAAGGUCCUUUUUUUAGGUGGGUGAUGCUGUUCUUACCUCUGUUGUGAGGAGAUUUUAAUGUCAUGUCGGGUUUCGCUGACAAAACCGGGACAGAGCCUAAUGUCGGUACUCUCAUAUCCUAAUGGUGACCUGGUUGCCUGAAAGAUCCUAAUCGAAGAUUUACUUGGUCAAGUAAUAGAUUGGAAGACAAGCGUUUGGUGUAGGCUCGACCGGUGCUUUGUUAAUAACUUUAUCGUUCCUAGCAGGAGAAAUGGAGCAAUGGUUUUCUCAAAUUUCUUCCUAUUGUUUAUUCAGAUCGCUUGCCUCUACUGUUCAAUGUUAGGUUCGUUACUCAGUCUCCCAGUAGGCAUGGCAUGUUCGGCUACUUUAAACAUUGGAGCAGACAUGAGGAGUGCAGACAAAUUGUUGAGUAGGUUUGGUAGCUGCCUGUAUACAAGUGCCUUGCAAUCAGAUUGAAUAAUCAGAACCUCAAGGGGUUGGUCCAACGAGAUUGAAUAGCAUUGGCAGGUGACCAGUCUUCACUUUGAUUCUCCAAAGACCAACUCUCUGUGCUGCAAACAAAGGGUCACUGACACAUAAGUUGGAGCGUGGCAAAGACAGCAUCUUGAGGCACCUAUGCAGGGUUUGUACCGGGGAUGAAAGGUUGGGUGGGGGCUUCAGAUUUCGGCGGUGGGUCAAAACCCCACUCACCCAAAAAAAAUCAGAUUGAUCAACCAUCUUGAGGCUGCUAGAGUGAAACUUUCAGAAUAGUUGAAAGCUCUUGGUACUCCUCACGAUACAAUUAGAAGCCUUUGGGCUGCUAUUGAUGUGGCUGAGAGAGAGACUGAAGAUGGUAUGUGGGGCGCGGAAACUUAGCUUUUGACACUCAAACAAGAGGUUCAAUAUACUCCCUUAGAAGAUUAGCGUGCUUGGUGUCCGACAUCUAGAGUCAGGUGGAUUGCAGAAGGAGACUAAUACAACAUUCUUUCCUGUGGUGGUGAUUCUGGUGAAAGGUAGAGCCACUAAAAACUCUAUUGGUAGGAUUGAAGGGAAUCAGGGUAUCACAAAGGAUCCGGCAUACAUUAAACAGGUUUGUGAGGCAGAUUUUAUUGAUCUCUUGGCGACGGAAGAUGGCAAUGGUGAGUUCUUUCUGGGCUCUGAUUUUGGUUUGCAGGUCAUGGGUAAAGAAAAUAUGUUCCUCCUCUGACCCACGUUGAUAGAGGAGAUGAAAAGCAUUGUAUUCACCUCCGACGCAGAUAGUGCUCUAGGGCUGGACGGGUUUCUAGCAUCUUAUUGGGAUUUGAUAGGCAGAGAGAUCACGAAGAUGGAUAACUCUUUCCUAAUGACAGGUAAGCUGGCCAAGAAACCUAAGUAUAUCAUAGAUUGUUCUCAUCUGGUCGUCCUCAAAAAGGAGAAUGCUAGUAGGAUUCAAAACUUCAGGCCAAUUGCUUUAGCAACUCGGGCUAUAUAAGGUUGUCUCCGAUCACGAGAGAUUCGCUUGAUCAACGACUUGGUAACCUCUAGGAUCAGCUAACAAAAUGCCUCUUACAAUGAUUAGAAGCACCUUCCCACAAGAAUUUUUGGGUGGCUCUCAUAAUUAUUAGAAGUGACACCCCACAUGAAUUUUUUGAGAAUACUAUUUAUAGUCUUCUCAGCUGUGGUCGGCAUGAAGAAUAUGGACAUGAGGGAAUGAGGCAGGGAGGUGAGGACAUGUUUGAUGAGAGCGAUGCAGCCUGAAAGAGGUGGAAUGAGAUUUCUAUGGUUAUAAUUUCCCUUAUAACUUAUCGAUAAUUGAGUGCCAUGAUUAAUUCUCCAUAAGACAUAAGAAGAGGGUGACCUAACUAGUUGAGGAUUAAAUCUCCUGCCUUACAAUUAAACACCUUCGCCACCUCUAACCAUGUCCACCUUACAGUUGUUCUUGAUAAUUUUAAUCCUUGAAGCCAUACCGAAUAAUCAUAAGAUGAGAAGCAAGGACAUAAAACAUGUACUUGCAUGUUAGACAAAAUUGCCAUGAUAUCCAAGGAUGGAAACUGGUUCGGAAAGACCUCGUUGUCGCUGAAUAAGAAUAGACUUUUCACUUCCGCGCAGAAGAGAAAAGGAGACACUGGACAAGCCUUGUAACAAAGGAAAAACUGCGUUUGAUGGACGCGAUAGCAUGAGCUAAUUUCAUCACCAAUUCUUAACCCCAUGUUAUCCAUUUUUUUUUACCAAAUUUCAUAUGAGCCGGAGAAUCAAAUAACAAAGGCGUAAACUUCUUAUCUUGGCAUUUCAUGUCUCUUUUUGCAGUACAAGUGAUGUACAACUAGGUAAACAUAGAGCUGAAAAGAAAGUUGUUUAGCAAGAUUUGGAGCUUUGGCUUUGAACUAUGACAUAAUUUUCUUUUGAGAUUUGUUUGUAGCCACUUUAUUGGUUCCGGAUUGUUCAUGUAAUUAUUCUUUUACUUGACCUAAAACACAUGGACAAUUUACCCCGCUU